UACGUCAUAUUUGUGCUUGCCAAAUCUUUGUGAAGCCCACGUGACUAUGAACCAUUCACAACCGUACACGUGUCAUCUGCCACGAAGUACAAAAGCUGAAAAAAGCUCCGGGGUUGAAGAUAGAUAACCCGGUCCUCGCUACAGAAUGAGCUACUGAGCAACCACCAUCCACCACCAUCGUCGCCACCUCCACCGCCAAAAAUGUCCAUUUCCACGACGCUCCUCUCUCCACCGCCGACGGCCACCUCGCGCCUCCUCUUCCACACCCCCACCCGGCCCGCCCUCUUCCUCAGACCCACCACAUUCCUCCGUCUCUCCGCCCCCAGGGCCUCCGUCGAAAACGGGGCCGGAAUUCCCGCCUCCUCCGCCGCCGUGGCGGUCGAGGAGCCAGCGAAAGCUAAGCCCGAAGCAGCAGAGAAAGAAAGCUCCAACGGAGCGGCUGCGAGCAAGUUCGUGGAUGGUAGAUGGAUUGGCGGGACUUGGGACUUGAAGCAGUUCAAGAAGGAUGGGUCGAUGGAGACUGAUUGGGAUGCCGUUAUCGACGCUGAGGCCAGGAGGCGAAAAUGGCUAGAGGCGAACCCUGAAUCAACAAGCAAUGACGAUCUUAUCGUAUUUGACACAUCAAUUAUACCAUGGUGGGCUUGGGUGAAAAGAUACCACCUGCCUGAAGCUGAACUACUCAAUGGUCGUGCUGCUAUGAUCGGGUUCUUCAUGGCUUACUUUGUGGACAGCUUGACCGGGGUAGGCCUGGUCGACCAAAUGGGCAACUUCUUCUGCAAGACCCUGCUGUUCGUCGCAGUCGUCGGAGUGCUUGUGAUUCGAAAGAAUGAGGAUCUCGAGACGGUGAAGAAGCUGGUGGAAGAGACGACUUUCUAUGACAAGCAAUGGCAGGCAGCUUGGAAGGAUGAGAACACUGGCAGUUCAAAAAAGGAGUAGCCAGCUCUUUUGUCUUCCUUAACCUACUUAUUGGUCGAGUUAAUUUCCCCCUUGCUUUUUGGGUUUCCCUCGUGUAUCGUUUGGGCCGGUUAACUAGGAAAUAUGGUGUUGGGCUGGACUGGAUUGACUCUUUGAUUCACUACCCUGUCAUUAAGCAUAUUAUCAUGUGUUAUUGGGCUUGAGCCGGCGUUAUUUUUUUUUAUAAGAGCGUUAUUAGUGACAACAUUAUCACUAAUAACGCUCAGAUUUCAGUAAAAAAAAAACAUUAUCAUCUAGUAAGAAAAAAUUAUUAUAUGGCAUCCAUUACACAUAAAUGCAUUACGAAAAAUGAUAUUAUGAAAGUCUUUGAUUCGAUUGAUUAAAGAUUUCUUCUUAAUGUUCUAAUUACAAUAGUAUUCACUGCUGCUAUCGUUAGGCUACUUAAGGCAUGUGUAUCAACUCUUAUGUUAAGUGUAUCCUUAUUACUCUAGGUACAAACAACUAGAGAUUACUCACUUGUACCCUGCUAAUGAUUUUCUUGUAUUAUCUAACGGAUAUGUGACGGUUAUGUGUGAGAUUGAAGGUUGAUGGAAACAUUCUAUAGAAUUUCUGGGCUUAGGUUUAAUUUUGCUAAGUGUCAUGUAUUUUAUGUUGGUAUAUAUAUCAUAUGAAGAUAAGAAAAUGAUCUCAAUGUACUGGAUUCCCCGUGAAACCUUACCAGUUAGAUAUUUAGGUGUGCCUCUUAUAACAGUUAAGCUUACUACUAUAAUAUUUUGGUUGAUAAGACAACAAGGUCUAGAAGUUGUCCUACUCUAUUAAAUUAUGCUGACAAGAUAUAACUUAUUUCUUCUAUAAUUAAUUGUGCUCGAGAUAUGACAUUAAUGAUUUGUAGACUAUAGGUUACUGACUAGACGUGCUCUCUAAACAUUUCUAUUGAUGAAACUACAUAUGAUUCAGAGUAAGUUGUAAUAGAUUAUAAUUUAUAAAAUAUGAUUCAUAUGCUAAUUAAUUAGACAUAUGAAAAAAAGACUAGCGGUAUGCUAUUAGCCUCCUCUCCUCCAAAAAUCUGAGUUCAAUUCACUCUAGAUUCCAAUUCACCGCACGAUUUUAUAUUUCUCAAAUCUCCCAUUUGAUGGACUCAUUCACGGAAAUGGCAAAGCAACUACUUUUUGGCACUAAGGCUGGCUCCAACCCAAGGAGCUAAAAUGCUAAAAAGUCAAAUUUGGCUCUUUUUCAAGCUCCAACCCACAAAAAAAUGGGAAGCAAAAAAUGGGUAUUGGGAUUUUGGAAGGGAAAUUUGGCUGGGGUUUGGGGUGGGGAGUGAUAUUUGGCUGCCAAAAAGUGGGUUUGUUUGUCAGAUGCGGAGAAGGGCGCCGGACGCGCGCCCCCGCAGCUGACGUGCUGUUACUUUUUUUUUUCUUUUAACUUUUGUAGUGAGGGAAUUUGUUUUGGAUUUUUUUUCUCUAUUCUCAUUGGUUGUUUGUGAUUCAAUUUGAAAUAAUUGAUGUAGUGACGAAAAAAUGGUCAUAUUUUAACGGCCAUACUUUUUCUUAUAUAUUUUAACGACUAAUUUUUGAAAAAAAAAAUUAUCUCGGAAUUUAAAAAAAAUUACAUCGAAAAAUUUGUAUUCAAAACUAAUAACGAGUUAUGAAAAAAUUAAAGUGAAAUAUAAAAAUUAGAGGUCAAAUAAGUAUGGUUUAUUGAAAUAAAUUGAAAAAUGGAAA